GUGGAUUUCCAGAAUCAAAGUAUGGGUGCGCGCAUAACGCGAUUACAGUACUCCCUUGAACAAAUGCAAGCGGCGAAACGCUACUUACCAGAAGAAUGUCUCCGAGAGGUUUUUGCAGAAAUUGAAGCCAACCACUCAGCUGCAGUAAAAGAGAACAAACUGAUUUAUCAGGCACACAUAGGCGAUGUGCAUACAUUGCCGGCAGUGCCAAGAGCAACAUUGGUGAAGGCAAUCGCUCCUACCAGUCCAUUGAAUUCAGGGUUCAAAGAUGUCUUUUCGAGUGUUAUAUCUACAGAUGCUCUUAGAACUGUACAAGAUUUUGACAGAAUGAAGAACGAACGGCUAAAAAUGGAAACUGAUAGAUUGAAUGAACACACAGAGCUGAUGGAAGGGAUUGUAGCUUCACUUGGAAUAUCAGAAGAAAUGUCUACUAUUCCAGGAUCUGUGAAGCGGCACUCAGCUGAGGUAUUGUUUAUUGCUAUCUACCUGAACGCACAUACUCUACACUGCCGGUAUAUCUUCUGA